AGCGCAGCAUCAGCAUCAAGCAGCAAGCAAAGCACGGCGAGAGCUCGGCUGCAGCUGGACCGCCGGCGAUGCAGGGCGAGGAGAAGAAAGGGAAGGUGAAGAAGGGGUGGCUGGCGGUGAUGGUCGACGAGGACCAGCGGCGGUUCGUCAUCCCCAUCGCCUACCUCUACCACCCGCUCUUCCGCCGGCUGCUGGAGGCGGCGCGGGACACCUACGGCUACCACUCAUCCGGUCCGCUGCGCCUCCCUUGCUCCGUCGACGAGUUCCUCCGCCUGCGAGCGCUCGUCGAGCGGGAGACGUCGUCGGCGCACUCGUCCUCUUCGCACCGCGUGCACUUGGCCCCGUGCACCCGCGCUAAGGUCACGUCGUGAUCGAUGAUCGGCUGUGAGCACGACGACGGUGAGCACCGGAGAGCGUGCGCUGGACUACGCUCAUCUGCCGAUACGGAUACAUGCGUGUACCAUGGAGAGAGAG